GUUAAGAAACACUACUCUAUGUGAUGGAUUCUCCCACCACUCUGUGAUUGUUCCUUUGUCUGACUGCUCACAGCCACCAACUCUAUAGAUGUCGAUGUCCUAUAACAGUGGUUUCCAACCUUUUUCAUUUGCGGACCCCUAAAAAAUUUCAGAGGGAGGUGUGGACAACUUUGAAAAUUCUGUCUAUGGUCCAUGAACUCCUACCAUAGAAGUCUUAGACUGAAAACUGACUGAACAGAAUUAAACUAUAAAUGUUGCAUAUGCUUUGUACGGCAUUUGAUGCAGUGUGAGAGAGGGUGCUAAACUGUGGGCUUCUAUGGUAACAACAUUUCUGGUGUUUGACCUGAAGGUGGGAGUAUUCACAUACUUUUGAUUGGUCAGAAAAAUGGAAUGCCUUUUCUGGGAUCUGAAACUCUAUUUUCAUAGUCCCCUUUCACUGGCUGCUUCAACAUAGUUUGUGAACCCCCAGGGGCCAUGUACCACAGGUUGAAAGCCACUGUCCUAUAACAUAGCAUUUGUCAUACAUUAUGUUUGCAGAGCUCCUUUCUCAUUGCUGACAUUCAAUCAAUAAUACCUUCCUUAGUGUCCUCCUUGUUACAUUCUCCACCCAUUCUUGUAUUUGCCCUUUCUUCCAUGCUGCUCCUUAAGUUUAGAGCACCCUUCCUCUUCUUGUGUGCCAGCCAUGUGCUCUAUUCUCACUCAGAUGCUCCUUUAAAACAUGUAUUUUUCUGUCACUUUUCAGUAUUAACUCGCCAAUUGCCAUUUCAAAAUGUCUAUUAAAUAUUUAAAAACAUCCACCCUGCCUGCAUCUUGGGACUAGGACCUACAUACCACAUUACUGUAUAUUAGAUUAUACAUCUAUACCAGGGUGGGCAAACUUUUUGGCCUGAGGGCCACAUUGAGUUUCCAAAAUUGUGUGGUGGGCCAGUAAGUGGAGGCUGUGCCUCCCCAAACAGCCAGGCAUGGCCCAUCCCCUCCCCCAUCUGACCUCUCCUGCUUCUCACCUCCUGACCGCUCCCCCGGGACUCCUGCCCCAUCCAACUCCCCCUGUUCCCUGUCCCUUGACAGCCCCCAGAAUCACCACCACCCCAUCCAGCCCCCUCUCCUUCCUGACUGCCCCCUGGGGACUCCUGCCCCAUUCAACACUGUUCCCAACCCUCCGACCGUCCUGACCCCUAUCCACACCUCCACCCCCUGACCACCACCCCAAACUCCCCUGUCCUCUAUCCAACCUUCCCUGCUCCCUUACCACACUGCCUGGAGAGCUGGCGGCGCUGGGUGGCUGGAGCACCAGGACAGGCAGAGCACCAGGACAGGCAGCUGCGCCACGUGGCGGGAGCCAGCCAUGCCACUGUGCAGCUCAUAGCACCGGGUCAGGCCACGGCUGUGCAGCUGCGCUGCCCCAGGAGCUUGCAGCCCUGCCACCCAGAGUAUUGCGCUGGUGGCACAGUGAGCUGAGGCUGCAGGGGAUGGGGAACAGCAGCGGAGGGGCCAGGGGCUAGCCUCCUGGGGCAGGAGCUUAGAGGCUGGGCAGGAGGGUCCUGCAGGCUGGAUGUGGCCCGUGGGCUGUAGUUUGCCCACCUCUGGUUUAUACGAUAUUGUACACCAUGCUCCAUGCACUCUGCUGGUCACUGUUCACUUCAGGUACAAUUCAAGGUGUUAAUAACAAUCUUUAAAACUCAUCAUGGUCUGGGUAAAGUGUAGUUCUACUCUGAAAAAGGGUCUGUAAAGAUGGCAUCAUGGGGUUUCAUAUUUAUUGUCUUUCUGUGACUUUUGUAUCAAAUGUAACAUGAGUUACACUACAUUUUUAAUUGCCAGCCCUGAAAACUCAGUCUAGGAUGUGACAGCCCUGUUCGGGCUCUUUCUAGUUUGUGCAUCAUCACUAGAAGUAAAAGUUCUGCAGGUUAGUCAAAUCAUUAGUUGAUCUCUGCGGCCUGUGUAUCAUUAGAGAAUGCUCUCAGUGACUGAUGCGUAAACCCCAUUAUCUUCAGUGGUUUACAUUAACAUAUCUGAAUAGAAAUAGAAAUAAGGCCAGGGAGAUAACACUGUAUCUUUUACUCGACAAACUGCUAUGAAGCAGACAAGCUUUGGAGCUUACACAGACUCUGAGGAAGAUCUCUGUUUCACUGGAACUCUUGCCUCUUUCCCCAGCAGAAGUUGGCCUAGCAAAUGAUUACCUCGCCCACCUUGUCUCUCCUUCAUUAUGUAUUGUCCUAGCUAGUAAAGCUCAGAGGGGAAUUUACCGGGUGCCACAACUGGUGGCAGCAGGAUAGUCUCACUUGACAGCCUGAGCCUGUCCCUCUACAAGCAGCUUCAGGCUAGGGAUUCCAGCUAUUCUCCCCUGCUCCCACAGGCUCCGGGAAAAGACGAAUGGGAGUGAUUUUAGCAACGUGGCCCCCUUUAAGAAAUAAAGUAGUAAAUUGUCCGGCUGGGAUUUGAUUGACUGCUGGGAUAGCCAGUGAGUUGGCUUAGGACCGAAGAGAGCGGGGCAGUCAAUGGGCUCUCGAAGGAUGGGCUGUAGUUUAGGGAAGUGAAGUUGUGGGUGGCCCUUCGUGAGCCAAUGGCUUCCCCAGGGCACGUCCCGGCGGACAGAUUAGGGGAAGGGCGCGCCAGAGGCGGGUCGAUUCGCUCGCAAUACGCAGUUUGGUUAUGAUAGAGCAGAGCGGGUGCGGCUCAGUAGCUGGCUGGCUUAGCGGGUCUCAGCGCUGAGACAGCGGGUGGGGGAAUGGCUCCGCUGCGGGGCCCUAAGGCGGGGAUGGAGAAGCUGGAGCCAGGUGCGGGCUUCUCCCCGCGGCGCUUCACCUGGGAGGAGAUCGGGCUCCGCACGGGCCGGGGGCACCCGCAGCAGGAGCGGUGGCUGGUGAUCGACAGGAAGGUCUAUGACAUCAGCCAGUUCUACCGGCGGCACCCGGGGGGCGCCCGAGUCAUCAGCAGCUACGCGGGGCAGGACGCCACGGAUCCCUUUCAAGCAUUUCACAUUGAUAAGGGGCUGGUGAGAAAGUACAUGAGCUCAUUGCAGAUCGGGGAGCUGGCCCUGGAUCAACCAAGCUUUGAGCCCACCAAAAAUAAAUUGCUGGUGGAGGACUUCCGGGAGCUGCACACCACUGUUGAAGGGAUGGGACUUCUCAACCCCAACCACCUCUUCUUCUUCCUGCUUCUCCUGCACAUUCUGAUGCUGGAUGUUGCUGGAUGGUUUGUUCUUUGGUAUUUUGGGACAUCUUUAGUGCCUUUCCUCAUCUCUACAGUGCUGCUGACCAUUUCUCAGUCCCAGGCUGGUUUCCUGCAGCAUGAUUUGGGGCACCUUUCAGUUUUCAGCAGUACCAAAUGGAACCACUUGGUUCACGAGUUUGUGAUGAGCCAUCUGAAGGGGCUUUCAGCACAGUGGUGGACUCUCCACCAUUCCCAGCACCAUGCCAAGCCCAACUGCUUCCAUAAGGACCCUGAUAUUGCAAUGCAUCCUUCCUUGUUUGCUUUGGGAAAGAUACUCUCUGUGGAGCUCGGCAUGAAGAAGAAGAAGUUUAUGCCUUACAAUCAUCAGCACAAGUAUUUCUUCGUCACUAUGCCCCUGCUUGUGGUUCCAGUGUUCCAGUUGUACUCCUUGUACUUCAUAUUCCAGCGCAAACUAUGGAGGGAACUUGCCUGGACUCUGACCUACUUCAUCCGAUUCUUUCUUUUCUUCGAGCCCUUACUGGGAGUAACGGGUGUCCUGGGAUUCCUCCUGCUGCUCAACGUCCUAGAGAGUAUCUUGUUUACCUGGAUAUCACAAUUGAACCACAUCCCUAUGCACAUUGAUUAUGAUAACAAUAUGGACUGGUUCUCUACACAGCUCCAGGCGACAUGCAACGUGGAUCAGUCCCUGUUCAAUGACUGGUUAACUGGGCACCUGAACUUCCAAAUUGAGCAUCAUCUUUUUCCUAGGAUGCCACGACACAACUACUGGAAAGUGACUCCCCUGGUGAAGUCACUAUGUGCCAAACAUGGCAUCGAGUACCAGAGCAAGCCUCUGCUCACUGGCUUUGGAGAUAUUUUGCGUUCCAGGGCUGGUGGUUCCAGCAUGAUUUGGGGCACCUUUCAGUCUUCACCAAGUCCAAAUGGAACCACUUGUGUCAUGAGUUUGUGGUGUUCAAUCUAAAAGGAUUGUCAUCCAUGUGGCGGAAUUGCCAACAUAACCAGCAUCACACCAAAACCAACUGCUUCCCGAAGGACGCUGAUAUUCUACUACAUCCCUCCCCUUUUGCCUUGGGAAAGACACUCUCUGUGGAGGUGAGUGUGAGGGAAUGGUUUUGAACAAACUUGGUUUCUGAAAGGAUAUAGUGCUAAAAGACCUAGCAGUCAGGAAGCUGUAGUGUAUUGGAAGUAACUUGUCCAGUGUGUGUGUGAUUUUGGAGCUUCUGAGUCACUGCAGGAUUGCAGCCAUUCUGGAAAAGGGCUGGUGCUGAGACAUACUUGCUGCUUGGAACACUAGUGGUUCCCUGGAGAAACAAAGAGUUUCACCUUGUUUGUUCAGUGUGGGUGUAUUAAUCAUUCAGCACGGGGAGUUUAGUUUGCAGGGGAAAGUGUCCAGUAGCUUAGUCAGGACUAUGAUUAUUUUAUAUAACUUUAUGUGAUUCAGAAAUUCAAAACUGUUCCAUAAGAAAUCAGUGUUCCCAAGAGCCUGGUUUGAGACAGUAAUAGAAAUAUACCUAACAUCCUAGAAAUCCUUCUUCAUCACUGGUGCAUUAAAGGCCAGAUUUUGGAAAGUGCUCAGUUUCUACUUAGGUACCAAAAUAAGAGGCAUCUCAAUCAAACCAGCAGGAACCCAAGCCAACCUGAUGAAACCCAUAGCAGUACUCUCAGGUGUCACUCUAUACCACUAACCUUCUGAACAACAAACCAAAAACCACACCCAAACCUGAAUGAUAGUUAGGGACUGGGAGAAAAAAAAUCAGUAGGCAAACCGUAAGGAAGAACAGAUUUUAAAAGAAAUUAAGUAGCUAGGCUGGUGCAAGUAUCAGAGGGGUAGCCGUGUUAGUCUGGAUCUGUAAAAGCAGCAAAGAAUCCUAUGACACCUUAUAGACUAACAGACGUUUUGGAGCAUGAGCUUUCAUGAGUGAAUACCCACUUCAUCAGAUGCAUGCAUUCGUGAUUUACUGGCAUGCAUCUGACGAAGUGGGUAUUCACUCACGAAAGCUCAUGCUCCAAAACGUCUGUUAGUCUAUAAGGUGCCACAGGAUUCUUUGCUGCUUUAGGCUGGUACAGAUCCCCAAACAGAAAUUUCACAGACGCGAACCACAUUACUAUUGUGAAAUAUGCAAAUAACAGGCAGACUCUCACCAAAUUCAGAAUCAGGAAUCACAAACUGAAUAGUAAAGUGGGAGGAGCAAAGUAACGUGGAAACCCAUGGAAACUGGACUGUCUAGCUAAGGUGACAGACUAAAACAAAGGUAUUUUUACUCCAAAGAAAGUAAGACAGUUGCUUCCUCAAACUAUCAGAGAUGCUAAAAUAUAUUUAAAGAAAAAGAUUGGUGAGGAAAAAACUGUUCCUCACCCCUGGAGAAAGGAAAGCAGGAGCAGAGACAGCAUCACAUCAUGAAGCAACCUGCCAGUAAAUCACGAAUGGGGAAACAACAAAUGAGCACAGGGACCCCAAACUCACUAUCACGCCUUAACCUGGUGAGAAGUUUUAGACCAUAUCUUUCUCUGAGAGAAAUCAGAGCCUUCUAAAUCCCUCUUACACGUUGGUAGCAUCAGUUUCAUUUGUCAUGGCAAUACAGUUUUUUAUUUGAUUGAGGAGUGGGAGAGUUAGGAGCUGUCUAAAAAGGUGCAUCUCAAGGAGGAAAUAGAAGUGGGGAAGUGCCUCUGUGGGUGUUUCUCAGGGAAGGAUAGGAGAUCUCUAUAGCCCAGCUGACCUGUUGUGGUCUUCUCACCUUCACGGCUUGGGAUGAUGAAGAAGAAAUUGAUACCAUCAGCACAAAUACUUCAUCAGUGAGUAUUUCCUCUUUCCUGCACAAUCAUCAGGCCCUCACCUAGUGUGGUAGGGACACCUUCAUUUGUUGUGUAGGCCUCACGUUCCAAGCCAUGUGUCUGGAGGCAGGGUAGAGAACUCCAGUUGCCUCCCACUACCCCCAAGUCUCUUGGUUCCCUUCCACAACCUUUGGAGAGGCAGGAAUUAACCUCAGAUAAAUGCUGGUUUCUGAUAUAAUUACCAGUGCAUUUAUCUGGGCAGGGACAAAACCUGAACUAAUAAAAGGGACCAUUCAAGGUCCUUGCAUGUAAUUACAGGUACCACCUAGCAUAGUACAAUAUACCAGGUCUCUAACGCUUAAAGAUACAGAGCAAUACUAUCUAACCCAAGCUGCUUAGGCAUAGUGUGAGCUUGGAGUCCUGAAUCCCAGUUUCUGCUGCAUCACCAGGCAUCCACCCUUGUGAUGCUAUGUUGGUCAUGGUUCCACUGCAGGGUCUGGCUCACUCUUCUAGCCCAGCUGAAAUUGGGGUGUGGCCUCCCCCUGAGCAAAUUUCCUAGCUCUGGGUUCAAGCUGCAUUUGAGCCUGCUGCCUUCAGCAGCAAUAAAUGCUCACUGCCCAAGUCUAUGGCUCUCUCCCAGCCCUGUUUCCAUGCCAGGCAGUUAGACCAGAGCCAACCAGGUGGUUGACAAUGAAUCCCUUGUCCCUCUUUGGGAAGGGCUGAGUUCCCUCUCUGGAAUGGCAUUCCCUUCCCCCAGUGAGAGGCAGGAUGGCAGCAAGAAGUCAGUGGUGAGGUUUCCUCACAGCCUUUCAACCAAACAAGCCAGUUCCCGUAAGGGUGGCCUUCAACACAGCUGGCAUGUGCAUGUGGAAUGAGCGAGUUCACACCUAGCAAUUGCCACAGCCUCCCAGUUUAAUUCCUCCAAGAAAGCAGACAGAGAGGACUUUUCCUCCUAGCCUGGUGGGAUAUUUAAAUACAUGAGGAAGAAGAUUGUACUGCUGCAUAGGAUGUACCACAUCUACAGGAGCUUCAGAUGGGAUGUGUGAUUUUGCACUCCAUAUGCUUUAUGAAAAUAUGCUUAUGAAUUUGAAUAUGAUGUAACUGGAAUAUGCUUUAUGCAAAAGGUUUCUUGUAAGGUGUCAUUACAAAGCUUAUAAUCUACUGAGUGUGUUCAUCGUAAUUGUUUGCAUGUAUUAUUUCUAUGUCUGAAGUUAGGAUAAUAAGAUAUAAACUUGUAUCACUGAUGUAAACAUAUUAAGUGGAAGCCAUUAAGGGUGCUUCAGAAUCAAUGAACUGUAAAUGGCUCAGUUUACUUGAAAACCUUUCUGUAUACGUGUGGGCCAGGCCAGGAAGAAUGGAGGGUGGGGUCUGACAGGACAUGUGAUCAUGUCACCUGAUACUAGAAUCCAUCUUAAUCCCUGUACUUUUCCAUUCAGGGAGGGGUGGGGGCCAAGCACAGACAAAGGACUCCCCACCUUGUGCAAAAGCUAUGUAUAGGGGGUGGAGCAGGACAAAAGGGCUUCCAGUCAUGUGAAAACCCCUAGUUACCUCCUGAGAUGGCUGCUCGAAUUAACAAGGACUGUACCGGGGAAAGGAUUGGGCCCAGACUAGGAAGGAGUCUAGUCUGUGAAAUAAGCUUAAUGGAACAUCUCUGAGAGUGAGAUAUUACCUAAUCAGUUUCUUAAUGUAUUAGGCUUCGACUUGCAUGUUUUUGCUUUAUUUUGCUUAGUAACUUAUUUUGUUCUGUCUGUUAUUACUUGAAACCACUUAAAUCCUACUUUUUAUACUUAAUAAAAUCACUUUUGUUUAUUAAUGAA